GUCGGGCCGCCCCCAGCGUGGCGCCGCGCAGCGCACAGCAUCCCGCGAGGUGGACGUCCGCGAACACGAGCACGCGAAGCACUUCAAGAAGCACCUCGAGAGGCUCCUCGCGAAGCUCUUGGCAAAGCACUUGGCGAAGUACCUCGCGAAGCACCUCGCGAAGCACCUCGCGAAGCACCUGUCGAAGCACCACGGUGGCCAUGCGCCGGGGGCGCGGCCUUGGGCGCGGCGCCAUGCCGUCGGCUUGAUGCGGCCGGACAGGCACCUUGAUUCGAAGAGGGAAGUCCAACUGGGCGUGCCGGACACAGUGGCCGUUGUCACGUGACAAGGUAGCCCUCUGCCACUGGUUCGACCGCUGAGCUGCAGCAGGACACUACGUUGAUGUCCUCUUCCUCGUGCCCUUCCCAGUGGCGCGACCAGCGACCAUGCCGACGACGAGGGCGGCCGCUGCGGUGGCAGUGGCACUCUGGGUCUUGUUGUCCUGCCUGCCGUGCCUGCCGCCCGCGCGAGCUCAGAUAGGGUCGGACUGCUCCGACAGUGUGCCGUGCACCGGCAACCAGCAGGACUGUUCUCUGGGCUACUGCCGCUGCACGCUGGGCUACGUCAAGCACGUCAACGGCGAGUGCUUUCCAGAGAGGGGCUUCAACGAGACGUGCGACUUCGACGACCAGUGCGUGGACUUCCGCCUCAAGUGCAGCGAGGGUCGCUGUGCCUGCGUCAAGUACUUUCACUGGGACGAGUACUCGCGACAGUGUGUCACCUUCAAGGACCUCAAGUACAUGCUCUCUGACAUGGAGGAGAAGCACCACACACAUGGCCGACUCAUGUCAGAGACGAACAAGGUGUUCAUGGGCAUGAUGUGGACGGGCCUUGCCGUCCUGCUCAUCGGCCUUGUCCUCGCAUCGGGGUGCCUAUUCUACGGCUGCUGUUGGGACAGAUCUUGCUGCUGCCCACAAGACAAGCUGUCAAAAUCAAGACUUCCCUCUGGACUUCAAAGGCAACCAAAUCAAAGAACAGCAGAAGCUACUGUUCCUGGUUCCAGUAAUACCCAGGAUCGGUUGCAGAGAGGUGCUCAAGGAACUGGAGUAGAUUACAUUCCAGCACUAUAUGAGACAACAUCUUUUGUCUAAUAAUUUGUGAAUGCCGUAUACAAAUAAAGAUAUGGAAAACUGCAAAACUA